CACCGGCCAUGUCGUCGGAACCUCCAUUCCCGGCACCAAAGGGUAUGGAGUGGGACCCGGCGAAGAAGCGCUUCUUCAAGGUGGAUCCCAAAAGGGCGAGGGUAGCACCCAAACCCGCUGUGGUUGAAGUCGAAGAGGCUGGCGGUAGCAACAGCGGCGGAGGAGAACAAGGAGAGGAGCAGGUGCCCAUCGAGCCGGCCGCGUUCCCGCACAGCCCGAACGAUGCACCUGCCACGUUUGCCCCUGUCGACAUCGCAGCGCUGCGAAGCGGGGGCGUCUCGUUCUCGGCGUCUUCGCGCUACCGCUCUGCAAAUAUCGCCUCGCGUAUGGCCGAGAUGAGCUACCGGGAAACGGUGGAGAUCGACUUCGACACGCCACCAAAUGUCUGGGCGAGAACAUUUGCCCUGAAUACGCUCGACUCCGUCCCCGAGCUGGGCGCAUUGAUGUGGAUGACAACCCGACGCGGCUCCUGCCUCUUCUUCGACUCGAGCGAGAGGCGUGGCAGUGGCAUGACCCGGGUAGGCGUCCGCUUUGGCCCACAGCACUGGCGCGACCCUUCUUCGCCCUUUUCGCCCAUUGUAGCAACUCGAGCCCGUCGCGACGAAAAUGAAGAAGAGGUCGACGAAGAACAGCUCAACUUCUUCAGGAUCGCGCGCAUCAUCGAUCAGGCUAGAAUCGGGCCCUACGAUGCACGCUUUACCUCAUUCGCCCACCACCGCGGACUCGUCGGCUCGGUCCUCGUCGGCGAGAAGCUGUGGUUCUCGCACAUGGAGCCCAACAGGGAGGCCGACCAGCCUCGGAGCUUCGACGCUCACGGUCUGCAUGUGUCUGAUGUCAGAGUUACGGAACCUUGCGGAUUCGCGCUGAGGAGAAUUGAAGGCGGCCAGGGCGCGGCAAAGGCAAUCGUAGCUGCAUACGGCUUGGGUGGUCGCGUGGGCUACGUAAAGAUCGUCAAUGGAGCCACCGACGAGGCGAGCGUUCCCUUUCGACAGAGUGACAUCUUUGACAUCGAUGUUCUGCCAUCGGGAAAGCAGGCUUGGUUGCUGUGUCGAAACGGUAAUUUAUACAGCAUACAGAUUGACGAGACCGCCGCGGACGAAGACGACAACAGUCACAAACGAAAGAGAAAGAAGAGAAAGAUGCAGGCACCUGCAAAGGUACCAACUGCGGAAGAGGACAGGGUGGUCGCCUUUCGGAUCAUAUCGGAUGACGAGGUGCUGAUCCUCUGUGACUCGGGUAACCUGUACCUGUCAUCGCCAAAGGAGCCCGGUCUGCGCACUAUGCAGUUUUCACUCCCACACAGCCAGCGACAGCAGAGCCAGAACGGACUUGCAGUCGACGUGGAGCAUCGCCUGUUUGCACUGGGCGGUCCGCUGCUUGUCAUCUGGUCGCUCGAUCGACCAAUGCCCCUCUAUGCGGGCCUUCCUCAUGGGCAUCGGCCAUUUGGACCUGUCACCUUCUGCCCACGGUUCCACGUCGCUCGCGCCGAAAAGCAGGGUGGCUCCCUCUUCCUGCCAAGAGGCCUCCCUGGGAUUGCCAAUGGUGGUAUGGGAAGUCGGAUUGAAUUCUACGAAUGACUUGAGACAUGUAAACCAUCACCGUCACACCAUCUGUAUCAAUAGCAACAUCAUACCCACGCUUCUAAUCCACGCUU